AUGUACGAUACUAGCCGACGCAAAACGUUAUUUGAACAGGUCAAUGAUCGAAGUUGGCCCGCUCUGCGUUCCGUUAUUACGAAAUGGGUGGCCAAAGGCAGUAUAGUAGUAACGGACGAGUGGAAGGCGUAUAAUCGUCUUCCCUCCGAAGGAUAUCAGCACUUCUCGGUUAACCACUCGAAGAACUUCAAGGACCCGACCACCGGACGGCAUACCAAUGCCAUUGAGGCCUACUGGAGUAAACUGAAAAAGAAACUCCACGAGGAGGCCCUGUAUGUGGUCGAGCGGUCUGGGCUCGCAUAGACGAAGUACAGUAUCGUCUGUGGUUUGGCCUCAGUGCGAUGUCUUUGAUAGAUUUCUGGGAACUUUUUUGUCCCAUGUUGUGCAGACCUAUCCUCUUUAACAGUAUUUUUGUUUUGUAAUAAACUGUCAUUUUGCCAAUGUAUGCCGUCUAAUUAGGUGUACGUGUGUAACGAUGAGGAAGUUUUGGAAACAUCGACUAUCGUGAAUGUAACCUCCGGCAACCUUCGUUAGGCUACCAUUCGUUGCAAAUGGAAGCUAUGGUCUAAGACGAUGGUUUCGCAACUCUCUAUAGCUAUCGUGUAGGUGUUGGUUUUGUUUUUUGGCUUUUCAUGCGAAUGACGGCUGAAGUGCACCCGUACUGUCACUGUCAACGCCCCGACUGUGUCUACGCCAAGCGCCUCUAUAUAGAUAGGUUCUGAUAAUCUUAGUCAGUCAGCAUGUGGACUGAAGUUCAGACCGACUGCCACAGUCGUUAUUCGACUAUGGAAACCUAUGUCAAUCUUGAUAAUAGGAGGGAUGGUCUAAGGAGACCAUUAAGCAAAUAUGCUCCCAUUGUUUAGGCUGCAUACGGACUACUGCUGUCAUUCAUAAUCUGAAUACUAGUUGCUGGGAAUUGGUAAACCCGGAUGCUGUAUACUGCUGUUGGUUUAACACUGUCCUUAGGUAAGCUACCUUUUGGAUAAGCUGCAUACGGAUUACUGCUGUCACUCGUCUGUCAUCUAAGUCUCGGUCAUGGAUGGUGAACUAUCGCUCGGUAAUUAUCCUUUGCCUCUUUACUCCCCAGACACGCGUGUCAUUAAGUUGUCUAGGUCGAUUCCUCAAAUAGGGAUACUUAUGGCAAUGUUAUCAAAAGCGUGGUCGGUCUAUGGCGAUCGUACCACUUCAAUCCUAAGGUAUGCACAAUGAGCCUUUUCCGACUAAGCCGUCGUAUAUUAUUGCUGGAUAAGCCGAAUAAGGUUUAAAGGGGGCACUCGUCGACCGUAGUAGCCUCCUGGAUGGAUGUCAAGCAAUCGUGUGGUCUGCAAUGUGCGCUCUCUGACUACGCGAAAGGAAUGCUAGUAUGCAUGAAGGCACAUAUCGACUUACGUGGUCGCAUUUCAACAACGGAUAUCUGAGCCCAACUGAGCACGACGGAAUUAUUCUGCGCUCCAACUGGGACAAUUUCGACUUGGUUACCAUUCCACAGUUACAGUCUCUGACAUUGACACUGCAACCGUACGUACAGAAUUACUUUGUGCAUUUUUGGAAUAUUUUUUCACGCAUCAAAAUUCGCCAAGAACCUGGAUUAAGUGCAAUUUGUUUAUCAGCACGGUCCAACUGACAGCGCAACUGGCUACACAAUCGAAUCGCGGAUAUACAGCCUAGACAACCGAUCGCUCAAAAUCCUUCAAGGUCUGCAGUUAUUCCAGUCCCACGAGAUCUGGAAAGGGCUAAGUCGCUUCUGACUAAAUUCAACAAAAUUUAUCGGAUUUUAAGUAUUUUUUCGCUUAUUGAGUUUUGAAUACUCACUUUAAUCCAUCAUAUAUAAGCCGACGUAUUCGUUAUAACAUCGAAAGCGAAAUUAUACCUAUUAUAUCACGUCGAAGUUUAUGGAUUCUCAGCAAGCUAACUGUAGUAGUACGGCCAGCGACGGCACCUCUUUGGAAGAAAAGUCCGGUGAGUUGUCCUUCGCAUCCAGAACCUGUGCUCGCUCUACCUUCGCCUCCAGCCAACGACCAGCAAAGAGUGCAAAAAGCGUAAAUACCGCAAAAAGUGUGAGGUACGAAGACGAGCCUUGUGGUGGGUGCGCAGAUAUUCAAAUCAAAGUAGAACAACUGGAAAAGGAACUUGCUGAUUUAAGGACGCUCGUGAAACAGACCCUAGUCGACCAGAACGUGUCCAGUGUUAGAAUCCCAAAAUCGAAGAGCAAAACGCAAAAAAAUAUCUCCUCUGGAGGAUCUUCAAACACGAGUAGCAACUCAGCAGCCAAAACCGCAGACGCCGGUAACAGCAGGACAAUGAAAACGAAGCCGCCGAUAAAGGGAGCCUCGAUUCCCACGCACGAUGUCUUAGGCGAUGUCGCAAAAAAAUUACCUGUCGCGGAAGCCAUCUCACGUAAGCCUCUUGCUGUAAGUGAUGGGAUUUCUGUUCUGCCCGGAGACGAUAUACCUGGGUCAUCCAGUCUACUGUUGCCAUCUUUUUCUGGCAACCACCCCGAGCGCACUACAGAGCACGUAUCUGAAUGCGAAGACAUAAACCCGUGGGUAGAGGGGAAAGGUAAACGCCAUGACAGGAUUCUGAAGUCACAGUCAGCCCUGAUGGGUUGCUCGGGACAGUCGGUAGACAGUAAAAAUGUGCGUCCAAGCUAUGACUCCGUAAAUCGUCCUCGCCCACAUGCCGCGCAUUCACCGGGAAGACAGAGUAAGGAGGACCAUGCUCGCCAACAGUGUCUGUUUAUUCAGGGUUUGUUAGAAUCGAAUGCAGUCAGACCUGAAGACCGUGUCUAAGAGGACCUUGUUUCUUUUCAUGGCCUGCUAAAUCAGUUACUCCCGGCAGACAUGGAAAUAAAGGUUCUGAAAGCAUUCCGGAUAGGAAAAAGAAGUGAAGACAGGACAGCAGCACAACCACCUCGCCCUCUCAAAAUUAUGCUGGAGAACAAAGGGCAAAUCAAGUUUAUCCUCUCUAAAGAAACCGAUCUCAGAAAAACACAAAAACAGGUUUUUUUCAACCGGACUAUUCACCAGCGGAAUGGUUAAAACGCCGGGAACUUGUCUUGGAGUUAAAAUCAAGACUGAAGGAUGGCGAACACAAUCUGGCUAUCUUCAAGGGGAAGGUAGUUCGGAAAUAUAUGCCGUUUCAGUGGAACCAGCCUGUAAUACUACGAACGACGACAGCUACUCAGCUAAAACAGACACCUUCGUUGAACCACCUGAUCAAGGCGCCAACACAAGUGAGCCCGUAGCGUCCAGUGACCUGAUUGAAACAAGGCUUGUAAAUGGAACCAAUCAGGUAACGGAAGUGCCUAGAGAACACGAAGUCCGCGAUAACGGAGUAAUGCGCACAGCAGUAACAAAUGCAACGGGAAAUUCGGCUGGUGCUAAACUGAGGUGCUUGUACACGAACGCCCAAAGCCUCAUAUCGAAACUAGACGAACUAAAACUUUGCCUUGUUGAGCAUUCUCCAGAUGUUUUAGCAGUAACUGAGACCUGGCUGUCCGGGAAUAUUAGCGAUAACGAAGUGGCCUUGCCCGGAUACCAAAUUUAUCGGAGGGACAGGGAACAUCGGCAGGGUGGUGGUAUCGUUGUGUAUGUGAAUGAAGGUCUGGCAGUGUCGGAUAACACCACCAAGUUUGCGUGCACUACGGAAGCUAUUUGGUUGACCAUCAAGGCUACCGGUUCCCCGUGUCUCGAUGUCCUCACUGUCUACCGACCACCUAGGACAGACCGAUCCGCCGACAAUCAACUAUUGGAUCAGUUGGAUAAAUUUUCCAGUCGACCUAACAUCAUGAUUAUGGGUGACUUCAACGCACCAGGAACAAACUGGAAUACCCUCCAAGCGUCAGGUCUAAAAUCGGCAUUCGAUUACCGCCUGUUGAGCAAAACAUUAAAUGCGUGCCUCACAUAACAUGUAAUGUUCCCAACGAGAACACUUGAAGGACAAAGGGCAAACUGCCUGGAUCUGGUCUAUACGAAAACACCAGACAGCAUAGACGAGAUCACCUCCAUGCCGUCCCUUGGCCGAAGUGACCACGUAGUGCUUAUGUGGGAUUAUUCGUUAUUCUCCAUUUCACAUACUCCAGGCCACAAAAGGCGUAAUGUUUGGCGGGGCGACUUCAAUCAGAUGAGGGCAGACUUAUCCGGUCUUGACUGGGGCUCAUUGUUUACGGGAAGUGCCAACGAUGACUGGGAGCUGUUCAAGAAUGUCCUUCUGCAGCUCAUCAACAACCACUGCCCACUGACUAGUGUAAGACUGAACAAACGCCCUGGGUGGCUAAAUAGCAACCUCAAGAAAGAAAUUAACAGGAAGCACAAAUUGUGGAGAAAAUACUGCGUCACUAGACAAGCUGAAUGCUUCAACACGUACAAGACACAGAGGAACAAACUGAGGAGGCUGAUAAUGCAGACGCGGAGGGAAUUCGAGAAGAACUUGCUACAAAAAGCAACGCAGAACCCAAAAUUGCUCUACAGCUACCUCCGACGAACUACAAGGAACAGGCAUCAAAUCCCCUUGAUAAAGACUACUGAUGGCGUUGAGAUCGCUGAUAGUAGGGAUAAAGCUGCGUAUUUUUCACGGUUUUUCUAAUCAGUCUACACAAACGAGGCAAGGUUCCUUCCUCCCUCCACAGAAGAACUGCCGACUCCAAGCGUCAGUGAUAAACUCUUCUCAGAAGGCAUUGUCCGAAGAGAAUUAGAGGCAUUGAACGAAUCGAAGUCACCAGGACCAUACGAGAUUCCACCCAAGUUUCUGAAGGAACUUGCGGGUGUGCUUUCUGUGCCUUUGUCGAUGCUCUUUCAAACGUCAUUUGACACUGGAACACUUUCUAUCGAUUGGAAGCUGACGCAUAUUACUCCGCUACACAAAGGAGGUAACAGGGCAGCGACAACAAAUUACAGACCCAUAAGCUUGACAUGCAUUCUCUGCAAAGUUAUGGAAAGGAUCAUAAAGUGUGAACUGAUGCAAUUCCUGGAAGUUCACAGCCUGCUAUCGAACUGCCAACAUGGGUUCCGGAAAGGAAGAUCCUGCACGACAUACUUGCUGCAAUCUCUCCAGAGCUGGACCCGAGCUCUCGACGAGAGGCACGCGGUCCACAUAGCCUUCAUCGACUUCCAGAAGGCGUUCGACACUGUGCCACACCAAAGGCUCUUACAUAAGCUGAAAAAAAUAGGGAUCGGUGACAACUUCCUUAAAUGGAUCAAAAACUUCCUUGUGGGUCGACAUCAGGUUGUGUGCAUCGGUCGGGGAAAAUCAGUUCCGGCUAUGGUCGAUAGUGGUGUCCCCCAGGGUUCAGUACUGGGACCCAUUUUGUUCCUUAUCUACGUGGACGAUGCCGCGAGAGAUUUAGACUGUGAAGUAGCAAUGUUUGCGGAUGACAGCGCGCGCAGCACGAUUUUGAAAAGAUAAAUGAAAGUUAUAUUUUUGGAUUCAAUUUCUUAAGCUCUUGCACAGUUUUCCAGUGUCGAUCUGACAAAAUUUUCUAUUUUUUGUCAUAAGUCAUCUUCGCUUCCUGUCGUGUUUCUGCGAUUUGUCAUAAAGCAGAAAUCUCUUGUCUCAGUUUUUCACCCAACAUAGCCUCAAUCCUAUCAAGUCUUACCUGCAUAUACAAAAGGUUUUCCUCGUAAGAAUAUAAAUUAAUAUUAUAUUUUAACUGUCUCCACUGACGGCUUUCAUCGUCAGUUUAUUGAGAAUUAUACUGUUAUCUAUUUUAUCCUACAUAGCCUCAUUAUCCAAUUCAGAUUUAUUCAUAGUUCUGUUUUGCCACCUACGAAAUUGUCAUUUGCCCGUUUUUUUUUCAAGUUUGCAUUCUGGUAUUGAGUAAAACUUGCUUAGUAUAAAUUGUGCUGUCUGGUCCACCAAUAUUGGCAGCUUUCAGAAAUCGUUUCAUCAUACACAGCCUCAUCCAUAUAUCCUCGAAGUUUCGGCAGUUAUCAUCCAUAUAAAUAUUUGGACUUAAGCCUUGUAUUGCUUUUUCGACAUGAAACCUCAGGCAACCCUUCGUCGAAAUCUGAAGGAAACUAAACUGUCUUUGAAACCCAUUGUUCAUGUGAAAAAAUUGAUCUAGGGGCGCUUGAUGAUUUUAACAACUUUAUGUCUCGUUGCGGAUCAAUUUUUUCUGUCCUUGGUGCCCUUCUUGACGGAAAGUUGCCAACGCUUACGUCUCAGCAGUGUGAGAAGCUCAUGCCUCUCAUUAACCUGGUUGCGACUGAGACUGAAGACAGGCACAAACGAAGUUUCAACUUUAUAUUAAAAAACGUUCCUAAGAGUAGACAGCCAAUGGAUGUCGCCUUUCAUUUCCUUUUUUCAUGCGGCUUCAACUUUAGGGCCGCGGAAGCUAAAAGGCUUUCAUCUAGGAGCAAGAAUCCACCAAUUCUUGUCAAACUCUUUUCAUCGAUAGAAGUGGAUUUUAUUUUCUCCCAUUUGGAGCGCUCGACUCAAUAUCCCAGGGGAAAUAAACUUUUUAUUAGUCGAGAUCAAACUCCACUGCAACGAAAAGUUUCUCCCCCAUUACCAAACGUAAAGCCACCCCCGAAUUCUACUCAAAUGCCUUUUACCUCUAAAGCAGUUUCUCCAUCUGGUGUCGACCAAAUCCCCCCACUAUCUACAGCGGCCCCAGUUCCAUCUAGCUCUUCGACUGAUCACAUUAUCACAGAGACAUUUAAAACUAGCCUCUUUAAAACUCCCCCACGGAGCAAGGAUUGUUCAAAUGCGGCUCCCAAAUUUAUCAGGGAGCUUGAUUUUAGCAGAAAGGAUGAGCCAGUCCUUGAAGCACAACCGGCUCCCAGCACUCAGAAUAGUGAUUUAGUUAAUAAACUUACAUCGAAUCCACCCCGUUCCCACGCCUGGCCACUCAGGUCUGACCUUGCAGUUAGGCCAAAUAAGCUAGAUGAGAGUUCAAGGAGGUCUUUACCUGUUCCUAUCCUGAAUUCUCAACUUAACGCCACAGUUGUGAAGCCCUCUUACACAUCAGACUGCAAAAUGCAAGUAUAUUCCAUUGCUGAUAAAUUUUCCAAUCCCAUUGCUAGUCUGACACCCCAAAUAAUAAAGCCCUUUCCUGAUGUUAACUGUUUCCCGAAACUAUUACGUCCGCCACCUAACAUAAACUACCCCUCAUAUUAUGCUAGCAAUUCCCAAAAUCCUAUUUUCUUGCCUCCUAUUUUUCCAACCCAACAAAAUAGUUUUCCUCUUCCCGGGUCCUCCUCAAAUGUUUUUCCACCUAAUGCUGCAUCUCUAGCUAGUAAUUACCCCAUAAAUUUUAGACCGCAGCAACUUUGUCCUCCACCAAUUGCUUCGUUCCAACAGCUUAAUUUUCCAACCCCGGCUCUUCCUUUUUUAUAAGUAGCAAUGAGCGGAACCUACAUAUUAGGAAUACGCUCAGUAUUGUCUCUCUCAAUGCAAGAUCUGUCGUGCAAAAGAUGGCACACCUAAGAAGUGUAGCUGUUGAGUUUGACACAGACGUAUUGUGCAUUACAGAAUCUUGGGCCCACUCUCUAAUUUCAGACUCGGCACUUAAUAUAGAUAGCCUCAGUUUAUACCGCCAGGACCGUGCCGAAAGACGCGACGGUGGGUGCCUUCGUUACAUAAGAGCAUCACUUGCACAAUCGCCUUAUAACUUGAACAUUUCCUCCUUCUCUGGAAAUUUAUGUUUUGCUUCGGUAAUCCUUCCGCAAAAUAGGAAAGCCUUAGUCGGAUGUGUAUAUAAUCCUCCUUGUUACUCCGGAAAUGAAAGCUUACUCUGUGAACUCUUUGAAAAGACUGCAGCGAUCUCUUUCGAUGUCAAGAUCAUCGUAGGCGAUUUAAAUUUGCCAGAAAUUGACUGGCACACACAUACUUCUCCUCCUAAAUUCCAGAAGCUGCUUGACACAAUUUACUUUUCAAACCUGACUCAAUUAGUUCACUCUUCGACCAGAAACGAUAGUGUUUUAGACUUAAUUUUUACUAAUGGCACCUUCCCUUUAUCUAUGGAUUUCUAUCAUGACCUCUUUGCAAGUGAUCAUGCAUUAAUCCAUUGUCGCCUUCCAGUUGCCAUUUCCGCAAAGCCAACAGUUCAACGUAGUAUUUUUGACUUUUCUAAUGUUAACAAGGAAUUAGUAAAUAACUUUACAUGCACUCUUGAUUGGCACAAUAUUUUUUCAAAUAAUGAUCUAAAUUUUUUCAGCAAUUUAUUACAAUGCGUAACAGAAGGUCUUCUUGACCUUAUUCCUCGGAAGAUGUUCAAACCGAGUGCUAGUUCCACUGUUAUCCCACACUUUCUUAAAAACAGACUUAAAAAGUUACCGAAGCAGUUUGAAGAUCCUUCUGUGAGCUCAUUAUCAGUUCAUCUAAGAAUCGUUGAAAUAUUUGAACUAGCUUCGAAAAUGAGGCUCGAGCGAGAUAGGCGUAGAGAGUCUUUAGCUAUUAAUGGCGUGAAUGCUUCUAAAUCAGUUGCUCAGAUCUUCCGUCAGAGAUCAUCUGCUAAUUCCCACCAAGUCAUUCCGCCCUUGCUUAGUGAUAGCGAUGCCUUCAUUACAGAAGAGUCAGGCAAAGCAGAAAUUUUAAAUUCGUUCUUUGCCAAACAUUUCACCAUUGAAACUGAUCCGAUCCCUUUAAUUCCUUCGUUGUCUGAUGCUUCUCUUAGCUUCAUUAAUUUUUCUCCUGAAUGUAUUCAAAAACUGAUAAGCCAUCUUCCUAACUCUCACUCAGUAGGCACGGACAAUAUCCCAAAGUCUUUGAUAAAACAGCUAAGAGAUUUUCCUCCUCUGCUUAGCAAAAUCUUUUCAGUAUUCCUCGUAAAUGGCUUCUUCUCUGACUAUUGGAAAACUUCUAUUAUUAUUACAGUAUUUAAGUCUGGCUGUCGUUCUGACGUACAGAACUAUCGAGGUGUCCAUAAAACACCCUCUCUCGCCAAAAUCUUUGAAAAAAUUAUCGCCGUAAAAAUUACCGAAUUUUGCAUAGCCAAUCAAGUUAUUAGCCCUUCCCAGCAUGGCUUUUUACCAGAUCACUCUUGUGAAACAUGUCAUCUGUCGUUUCUCAAUCUACUUACCCCUCUUCGUAAUGAUCACCUAUCUGUUGUCGUUAUUUAUUUUGAUCUUAGUAAAGCCUUUGAUAAAGUGCCACAUAAAAGACUCUUGAUUAAAUUGGAAGCUAUGGAAAUUCGCAGUCCACUAAUAGACUUUCAAAGGUCAUACCUGUCUAAUCGUAAACAAAAGGUGUUGGUGGGAUCUUCACUUUCCAGUGAAAGUAAGCGGUAUCCUACAAGGUAUCCUACAAGGGAUCUUCACUUUCCAGUGAAAGUAAGCGGUAUCCUACAAGGUCCUACAAGGUACCGUUUUAGAUCCUCUUUUGUUCUUGCUUUACAUAAAUGAUAUUUCAGCAGCAGUUAAACAUUCUCAAUCAUUUAAUUAUGCCGAUGAGCUCAAAUGUGUAUAUUCUUUCAAAAACCCUACGAGCCUUCGUUGCCUGGAGCAAAUCCAUGCUGACUUGCUUGCUCUCAGCUUGGAUCUCAAAAUGGCUAAUGGAAUUCUCUCCGUCUAAAUGUCGUUAUAUGUGUUUUGGACCUGAUAGGCUACCCCAACCAGUGGUCUUUCAAGGCACACCUAUGACUGAAUGUACCACAAUCAAGAAUUUAGGUUUAAGCUACACCAAUAAUCUUGAUCUCUCGCCGCACGCUGACAGAAUUACAGCCAAAGCUGCCCAGAUUUGUGGCUUUAUUUCUUACAAUUUCUAUCUUCCUGAAAUUAAAUUAAGGCUCUAUCGUAUGUUUGUACUUCCCAUUCUCGAGUAUUGUUGCCCAUUCUUUGGUUUGAUGAAUGAAGCCAGUCGUUUAAAAAUUGAAAAUGUCCAAAGACGUUUCUCUAAAAAACUUUUCGAUAGGGAAAAUCCCAAUAUCUCCUACUCAGAUAGAUGCCAGCUAAUUAACCUAAAAUUUUUAUGGGUUCGAAGACUAGAAGCGGGCUUCUGUCUCCUCUUUCGCAUUAAUCAUAGUUCAAAUUUUCCUCGGAUUUCAACACUUACCCCUAGUAGUCGUCCAUACAAUCUUCGCAACUCGUCUCUAAUUAUACCUCCUCCAGCGUCCUCCACCUCUAAGCGCUCCCUUUUUUUCGCUUCCAGGUAUACUUUCCUCUGGAAUAACCUUCCAAUAAAUAUAAGAUUUUCAGAAAAUCUACACACCUUUAAGAGAAGGCUACGCCUUUAUCUGAAUACUGACUCGAUUAAACUUUUAUUUUCCUCAUCCUUCCCAGACAACUUUUUCUAUGACACUGAGAAAAGGCCACCGGGAAUUUAGCAUGCCGCCAUUAAAUUUCCGUAUCUGUUCACGUUUCCUUCCUUUAUGAGUAGUCUCGCUACCUAAGAUCCCUCACCAGAAAUGUUAUUUAUUCCAAUUUUUCAGUUCAUGCAUCGUGCCCUCACAGAAUGCGCACCAUCGAUGCUCUUGGCGGAACCUUCCGUAUUCGCCAUAUACUAGUAGUCUGGUCGCAUCUCCCUUACCCCAUCCUCGGUUGGACUCGGAUGAAUGUAACCGACCGCAUCUGGGUUCCUAUCGCCUCGAGACUGAUUUUCAUGGUGCCCUUACAGAAUGCGCUCCAUCGACGCUCUUGGCGAAGCCUUCUAUAUUCGCCAUAUACUAGUAGUCUGGUCGCAUCUCCUUUCCACCAUGCUCGGACGGACUCGGUUGAAUGAAACCGACCGCAUCUGGGUUCCUAUCAGCUCGAGACUGGUUUUCAAUUUCGCCACUUAUUUUUCUUAUUCAAGGCGAUACAGGCCAGUCCUGACCGACCCGCCUACGAACCAUUUUAUGAAAUCCGUUACACAAUGCCAUAUACAGCUGACAUUUAUUUCGGCCAUGUUGAUGUCCGACUAUAUUCCAUUCUAUACCGCCACAUGCAGCCCAGUCCUCCCUGCAUUUUUCUGAUGCUCUUUUUUGAGGUUUUUUUUUCUCCUGUUAAAUUACUACAAUCAUUUUUAAAUUUUGCCAUGGAGUUUUUUUUCAUCCCUCGUUUUUCAUUUUGCAUAACGGACUUCUAAUCUCAAAAACUAUGUAUUGCACUUUGUACAGAUUUUGCCUACCUCGUCUAAAAUUCGCAUGCAAAUUUAUUUUACUUGCUUUGAUGGGACCCCGACGGGUCUUUAAUAAAAAUACUUGAAUUGAAUGAAGAUAUGGAGUGUAAUUCUGGGUCCUGCCGACGAAGACAGACUGCAGAUGAACCUGAAUCGGUUGGAGGAGUGGUCAAACCGUUGGCUCCUGCGGUUCAACGUUGCCAAAUGUAGCAUACUUCGCCUGGGCAACACAGCCAGAUCCGCCAGCACAAGAGGCUACUUUCUGGGCGGUGCAGCCCCACAAGAGGUCGAAGCCCAAAAGGACCUCGGUGUGCUUACGACGAGUUCCCUAAAACCAUCCGCCCACUGUUCGAGGGUGGCAAAAACCGCAAUGUCUGUACUGUACUCCAUCAAGCGUGCGUUUAUGGACUUUGACGAAGAAGCUUUCUCUAAGACAUUCGGAACAUUCGUCCAGCCGCAUUUAGAGUACGGCAUACAAGCCUGGAGGCCGUGGGCUGUUGUGGAUCAAAACUGCCUCGAAAGAGUCCAGAGGAGAGCCACGAAAGUGGUUAGGGGUCAAAGCUCCUUUCCUUAUGCAACCCGCCUAGUAAAUCUGAACCUCUUUCCUUUGAGUUACAGGCAACUUCGCGGAGAUCUCUUGCAAGCCUUCCGCAUUGUAAAGGGGUUGGACUGCAGUCUGGCCUUGGAGGACUUUUUUGAAUUUACUACCACGACCAACCUCCGAGGUCACCCUUUAAAACUGCGCACUCAGCAUGCAAGGUUGGAUGUACGGAAGUUCUCCUUCUCUGUUCGAGUGGUCAAACCAUGGAAUGAGCUUCCCGCAGAUCUUGUGAUGUCACCAUCUAUAUAAAGUUUUAAGAAGAAUCUGGACAUAUUUAUGUUCCGAAAUGGCCAAGAGCGAUGAGAAGUCGAGCUCACCCCCUGUAACUCCUUCUCAUUUUGUCCCACCAUUAUGGGCCUGUUCGAACUAUUUCAGCCCAGAACAUCUAUCUUUACACCGCACAUUUUUUACGUUGCAAAUAGGGUACUCAAAGGCCUACGCCUAUUUCCCUCAAUAAACUGAACUGAACGGAAGCAUAUCGCGUGGUCUACACUUGAUGCAGUGAGAUCUUAUCCCAACUGUCCUAAAGUAUGCGUGUGGACUGAAGGUCAGACCGACUGCCACGGUCGUUAUUCGGCACUGGAAACCUAUCUCAGUGUUGAUAACAGCGGCGGUGGUCUACAGUCAUCGUUAAGCAAAUAUGCUGCCAUUGAUUAAGCUACAUUCGGACUACUGCUGUCGCGAUUAACCUCAAGAGUCGUUGCUAGACAUUGGUAAACCCGGACGCGGUAUGCUGCUGUCCGUUAGACACCGUCGUAAGAUAAAUUACCGUAGGAUAAGCUGAAUGCGGACUACUGCUGUCACUCGUCGGCCGUGUUCGUCUAGUCCAUGGAUGGUAAACUAUCGAUCGGUAUUUAUCCCUAGCCUCUCUACUACCCAAGAGAUAUGCUAGUGAACACGAAGCCACAUGCCGAGGUAUGCGGUCGCCCUUCAUCUGUAGAAGCUAAUAUUAAAGCUGAUGAACCUAAGGUGGAUUCACAGUGAUCCUAACGUAAAUAUCCUACGAUAAGCUGCCAUAGGUUAACCCGAACGACGGCGACUUAGCUAUCCCCUCACGUUAGGAAGUGAUGGUCGAAGGUGAUAAACGAACUGCUCUGUCAAAGGUGAAUGUGUUGGAACUCUCCUAACUCCAGAUACUAUGGAAUAAGCCAAGUAGGGACCAUAUGCGGUCGCUUGUCAACUGUGGAAGCUGAUGUAAAGGUUAGUAAGCGUACGAUUGGUCUAACUACGGACGUUAUGGUCAUAAUCGAUAAGACAAAUCGUCAGGCCACAGCCAUCGCAUAGCAAGAGUCCAAACGAAUGCUACCGUAAAUUAUUCUGCUUACCGAUUAUACGCUGGGUCUUUAGCUGUGGAAGCAAAUAUCAAGACUGGUAAACAUAGGAUAGAUCUAAAGCCAUCCAUCCCCAAGUGCCGUGAGAUAGGUUGUCGCUGAAUAAGCAUCAAAGCGACUAAUGUCGUCACUCAUGGCCAACGGAAGCAUAUGUAAAGGAUGGCAAAGCAGUCGGUGGUCUGCAGCGAUCGUUUCUCAACUCUCCUAAAGUAUUUAAGAUUAGAUUUAGCCGCAACCCCACUACUGCUGUCACUCGCCAGCCAUGUAAGCCUUGCUAAGGGUGGAUAACCAUGCCUGGCUUUUCAGCGUUCGCAUCUCAAGUGAAGCAACAUUAAGACUGAAGGUGAGAUGAGAGAUGCUACUGUCACUCGCCAGCCAUGUAAGGAUGAAAAAACAAAUAUGUAUGGCUAUAACUUACUCAAAUAAAUAGAGUAGGUAUUAUUUCUAGGUAACUGAGGUAUUCGGUUCCAUCUCAAAUUAGUUACCCUUCAGCCUAAUAAAACUCUUGUCCCAACGAUCGUGUCAACAUAAUAGAAUUCUCUCCUAACAAAUGUCGCUGUGUGUGUGUUUUGGACAGGAUAGACUACCCUAACUAGUGAUUUUUCAAGGCAUCCCUAUGACUGAAUGUUCCACCAUCAGGAACAUGGCUUUAAACUACACCAGCAAUCUUGCCCCAUGCGAUAGACUUACGGAUAAAGCUGUCCACGCUUGCUGUUUUUUGCUUAUAAUCUCUACUUUCGUGAACUCAAAUUGAGACUUCAAUGUAUGUUUGUUAUUCUCAUGUCUUCCUUUCUUGAGUAUACUUCCUCCCCCUUCCCCACCUCUUAAUGCUCUUUCUUCUUGGUUUCCAGGUAUAACGUUCUUUGCAAUAACCUCCCGGUCAAUAUUAGAUCGUCAAAUAAGUUAUUUUCUCUUAAGAGAAGACUAUGCUUUUAUUUUAACAAUGAUACGACUAGCGUUUUAUUUUUCUCAUUUUUCCCUAGAAGCCUCUUCCAACACUUCGAAAAGGACCAUCAGAUGCUUAGGACGACGCCUCCAAAUUACCGCACCCGUUCGUGUCUACCUCUCUGCUUGUGGUUUUGCUUUCCACGGUCUCUCGGCAGAAAUUUUCGAUUUUUUCGACUUUUUCAGUCUAUGCAUUUUCGCCUCCACAAAACGCGAUGUGUCCUUAACUAACCUCUCUGAAGAGACCACCAAAAUUCGUAUUGGGAAACGAACGGCAAGCAGAUCUCAUCUUGUCGCGAAAGUUCAGACUUCGAAACAACCAUCGUGAAGUGUUUUUUUCAGCCGGUCUAUCACCCAAUCGAACGGAUAAAAAUGAGGACGCUGGAAGCGGAACUGAGAAAACGUCAGAGCGAGGGCGAAGUGAAUCUAAAAAUAGUUAACAACCAAAUUGUGAAAAAAGAGCGCUCCUUUUUGUGGAAUCAUCCGGUGACAUUGACGGUAAAAGCACCGGCGCUCGGUUCCGACAAACUUCUCCGUAAAUUCAAAAUCGACUAGUGGACUUGGUACGCCAAGUGAAAUAUGCAGUAGUAACCAUCAGUCAAAAGCACUAACAAACAAUUUCCGGAGAUCUAAGCAACCGAAUGAUAUAAAAAUGAUGUACACAAGUGUGCAGAGUUUAUUAAACGAAUUGGACCAAAUAAAACUUACUGUGGCCCAUUUCAAACCCGACUUGAUGGCUUUAACAGAAACAUGGUUAAAUGCACAGAUAAAAGAUGCGGAAGUUUUGCUAUCUGGUUUUCAGCUUCUCAGAAUUGACCAAAACGAAGGAAAGGGUGGGGGAAUGCGAUAGUUACGCAGGAUGGCAUCGACUACGUUAGAGUUUAGCUUUCUCCAUUUCGGAACAUUGAUUGUGAAAUUCUCAUUUGUUACUUGAAAUUGCCAAACCAUCCAAGCCUGCAUAUGGCCCUGGUUUAAUGACCGCCUGGCCAGCGGACGGACGCGGACGAUGCACUCACCAGCGAGAUAAAAGAAAUUUGUCAAAGCAAACACAUAAUGCUACUUAGUGAUUUCAACUGUCCAGACAGAGUGGGAUUUGAUGCAUUGCACGCGAUCAGAAAACUCCUUCGAACAGAAAUGUAUUCAACUUAUCACAAAUGAGUUCCUUACCAAAAGUGCUAAAGUGGACACUCGAUUCAGAGAUGGACAGCAGUCCAGUUGUUUGGACCUCAUCAUCACUUGGGAUGAUAGUUGCAUUCUCGGAUUGGAAUCACACACGCCCCUUGGCCGAAGUGACUACAGCGUUCUUGUUUGGGAGUAUAGUCAUUUUUCUGUAAACGAAAUCCGAGCUGCUGAGGAAAGAAAUGUAUGGGAAGGAGAUUUUCCCCGAAUGAAAAAUCUACUACAGAAUGCGAAAUGGAAUGCUGCCAAUGCACCUGACCCAGAAAGCGAUUGGCUCUUAUUCAAGAACAUAAUGCAACACUUGGUAGAAAGCUGCUGCCCACGUAAGAGGAAACCGCGCACUUCCCCACCAGAGUGGGUGACGUCAGAAAUAAAUAACCUUAAAUUGAAAAGGACACUUAUGAAAAAGUAAGCUAGAUGUCAACAACCAGAACAUUUCGUUGACUUCUGAAAACAGGGUAAUGUAUGUCGGAAUCUGCUGAGGAGGGAACGGGCAGUAUUUCAGUCAAAACAUCUAAAAAAUAUCCCGCAAAAUUCCAAAAAUUUCUUUGGAUUCGUGAAUAAGGCGAAACACAACCGGGACUGCAUUCCCAGUCUAAAAGGUCGCCAGGGAAAUACUUUGUCUGACAUUUCACAUAAGGUUAACCUGUUGUCCGAUUCCUUCACGUCUGUGUAUACCAAGGAGCCAGCUUUUGAUGAAAGAGUUUACCCCCAAAUGGUUAAAUCAGGAAAUACAAUUAACACGGUGGACCUCGCAAGAGACAUGAUGAGGAAAGCUUUGAGUCAACUACAGCCCACUAAAUCCUCUGGUCCGGACGGCGUGUUCGCAAAAGUCCUGAAUGAACUAUCAAACCAACUGGUCUCUCCGUUAUCCAGGAUCUCAGAACUUCGAGGGAGACCGAGGCUCUGCCUACCGAAAAAUGCGAAUCAAAACGGAAAUGUGCAGGAGAGUAGAAGUUAAGCGACCAACAGGCAAAUUAAAUACGUCUUGUUUAAUCUGUCAGCCCGGUAUACAAACAGCCCUACCGACUCAUCCAGCAACCCCUAAUAAACCAAAGCAUGUGCCCAACUCAAAGACGAGUCCGAAUGCAGUCUCAGUCACACGUACAUUGGGUAAAUCCAGUUCCCCUAAGAAGUCUUUCCUUCCACAAUCGCCAACCACUCCCUCAACCUCCACAGCCCCAAACACAACCUGCUUCCAACUACCCCCCCCCUCCCCAGAACUCAUACUGAAACGGUCAAGUCGAAUAUGCCCACAUUCCCGUCUUUGAAUAGAAUUCCUGCCUCAAUCGAAACAGUGCGUCCCCCACCCCCAACAUGUUCCCUCCACGGCUGUUUUACCAAUGCAUUCCUCAUGCUAAUGUCUAUCUUAAGCCAGUUAACUCACUUGUUCCUCAGUUUCACUCCGGAAGAAUACGUUACAGUAUCCAGCCGUGAAUUUCCAGCCGAAAAUGAACUAGCUAACAAUGGUCACCAGUUUCCCUGCCAGUCACUUCUUCCCCCAAGUCCUACUCCCCUUUGUUCGCGUCAGGGUCCUUUUUUGCCACUGAAUUUUUUGCCGAUCCGGAUAGGUACAUCCGGACAGUAUUUUCCGUGGGCAGUCAGCCACUGGACGACGUAGCCCGCCUCCCUCAGAAACAAAUAGUCUUUCCCCUUACACUUUUUGUUCUAAAUGCCAGCUGCUUGCUAAAUAAGAUGUCUUAGUUUCAGACUCUGGUGUUUAUACACUGCCCAGAUACUGUCAUAGUAACUGAGACAUAGGCAUCGACUUCCAUAGCUGACUCCGAACUCCCUCUUCUAGGCUAUACUUGCAUUGGAAAUGAUCGUCAAGAGAGCCGUGGUAAGGGAGCUGCAUCUACGUUAAGCAAACACUUGCAUUUCUACCGCUGGACCUCCCGCAUUUUUCCGCGGUAGACGACAGCUGUUGGCUCCAAGUUGCUUUAAAAAAUAAGUUCUCUUUGCCCGUUGGCUGCGUCUGUCGCCCUCCCAACGCUAGUGAAAUUUUUGAUCGUUUACUCUCACGGGCAUUUCAUGCUGCGGUCGACUCAAGCUUUAAGUAUAAGUUGGUUGUGAGUGAAUUCAACCUUCCUGAACUCCGCUGGUCUCCGCCUUCCGGCCACAAAAAGUUCGAAGGCUAUCUUGAGGCUGUGGAUGCUUGGAUGUGGAGUCAGGUUGUCGAUUUUCCCAGCCGAGGGUCAAGCAUACUUGGCCUAAUGUUCUGUGGAGGUUUUAUAACCUUCUCAUUGUCAUCCCCAGGCCCACUCGGGAGCUCAGACAAUGACAUAGUUGUUUCAACGUUAGAACUCGAGGCUGAAACAUUUUUUCCCAAAUAUAGGGUUUUUCGCGAUUUGCAAUCAGCUCGCUCAACCGAAGAAUUAACAAACCUUAAUUCCUUCGAUUGGGCUGAUUUUUUCCCAGGUUCGGAUGUAAAGUUUGCACUGAUAAACUGCACGAUAUUUCGGACCCGCCUAUUUCUCGUUUUGUCCCUCGUAGGAAAAUAAUUAAUGUCGGUGUAAGAUUUUCUUACCCUUACCUUUUCGCCGCAGGUUGCGCAGACUUUCUCGUCGAUUCCAUCUUCAGAACAGUGUUUCCCUUCUGCCCUCGGUUUUUAGCGAGCAAGAAGGUUGUUCGAUGAAUAACAGCUAACCGAAGAGGUCUAGUUCACCAAAAACCGUUCGUUAAAUGUCUCGAAACUUUCCAUCCGAAAAAUACUAACUCAUAGAAAGACGCAGUAUCUCGCCCUCCGGGAGCUUUCAGAAAUCCUAUAGCUGAUGUCCAGUUGACUGCAGAUAGUUUAAAUGCUUUUCUAUCCAAAACUUUUAUUCAACACUUCUAUUCAAAACGCGACCGCCAUGCUUCUGAGCAUCCACGUUUGGACCGGAGCACUUAUCGAAAUUAUAACUUGCACCCUGUGGGACGUGACUGUAGUCAUUCGGCGUUUGCGUUAAUCUCAUAGCCCUGGGCCCGAUGGUGUCACCGUUAUCAUCCUACAAUCGAAUGCAAAUGAAAUUUUCCCGUCACUCCUGUCCAAGAUAUCCAAUCUCGCCCUCGAAAGUUCACCUAUCCAACUUUAUGGAAGGAGUCGUCAAUUUUGCCCAUUCCCAAGCAUGGCCAGUCUACGUCAUUUGAUCGUGUUGACCAUGAUCUUUUUCGCCUGAAACCUUCCUCUUUCAGAAUAGAUGGCAAACUUCCAAAUUUUAUAUCCUCUUACCUGGGCGCUCGCACACAACGGGUGAAGAUUUCUAAUGCUAUCUCCAAAUCCACAUGUGUGGGAAGUGGAGUCAUUCGGGGCAGUGUACUCGGUCCGCCAUUAUUUUGUCUGUUUGUCAACGACAAGCCAGAUUUCUUUCAGAAUGGCGAACCCCUCAUGCAUACCGAUGCUUUGAAAGUUUCAUAUUGAUAUAAACCAGCAGAUUAUGACAUCGUGCUCGAGCACCUACAGGCCUUCGCUCAGUGGUGCCGCACGUGGCGCCUUUCUCUUUCUUGGCAUAAAUGCACAAUCAUGGUGAUUGGCGAUAACCACCGACCUCAAAUAAGUAUUAACGAUAAUAAUAUAAACGGGCAUGGGGUUAUUAGGGAUCUGGGUGUAUCAUACUCCAAGGUUCUUAAUCUUUCGAAGCACUGCACCCCGAUAGACUCCAAAGCAUGGAGAACGAGCGGGCUUGUCCUCCAAAACUUUAAAACUUGCGCUACUAUAAUGCGCCUUUAUAACAUGUACGUUAGACUUGGACUAAAAUACCGUUCAUUUUUAUUUAGCCUUAUGAAUGCUGCUGAGCGGAAGAAAAUAGACUCCGUCCAACAUUUUUAACCCCGAAACACCGGAAUCUGUCUUACCAAGAACAUUGCUGGCUUACAGGCCUUGACCCCCUGUGGUUUUUCGACUACAAAAGGGACUAUCUUUACUAUUUAGGCUUUUAUAUAGUUGUACCUUCAACCCGCUUACUACUUUAAAACAUCUUGUCCACCCCCGACGUAACAGCCACCGUGAGGUCUUUUUAUUUCUUCCUGUGGAGCGUACCGUGAAAUAUCGUCGGUUGUUUUCUGUGAACGCAGUUGCUAUUUGGAAUAAAUUACCCAGUAAUUUGAAAAGUCUGCAAAAUUAUCCUUUGUUUAAGAGAACCGUUACUCGUUUUUUCAUUCAGAAAAGCUCCCACGAAUUUCGGGUGCUGAAUCCACCGGUAGAAUAUACCGUAGCGACGGCUUUCGUGGUCUCUGAUCUCUAUGUCUGCUCUCACCAAGGACAAUUUCGUUAGCUAACAGCGACAGCUGACCUUCAGGGCUACUGUUUGGCCCAGUCCCAACUUCAUGAAUAGGAUUGGCGACUGAUAAUGUUCGAUGCAGUGCUACCCAUACCUUUCACGACUGUCGUCAUUUCAUUGACUGCAGUUUUUUUUCUCCUGUAACCUCCGAACUACAAAAACACCAUUCUCUGUACUAAUUCUUAAGGAGUUUUGUACACUUGCCCUGAUCCGUGCUUUAUCGUUCUUUGAAAAUACCUGUAAACUGACAUUAAAUCUAAUUGCUACUAUUAUGGAUGCGGAGGCCGCCAAAGUUUGCUAAAAUGUAUGGCCAUGACCAAUGGCUACUGCAACACCAAGCCAACUAGGCAAUCUUCGCACCACAUGACACUAUCUGCGAUUCAUGCGGGAGCUGCCAAGUUUGGUAGGCAGGCAAUGACAUAGCAACUGCGUCCUAUAAAUAUUGCAAUUCCCGUGGACUCAUUGCCCUUACCUGAAUUUGUCUCUGAUUCUGACAUUGAGUGAAGACCUAAAACAUCAGGCGAAUAAACAGGAAACCGGCCUCAAUCUUGACGAAUCUUGUUCGGGAUUAUGAAUGUUCUGAGCGACCGAACUUCGGAGUGAGUUUACAAGAAUCCAAGUUUCUCGGAAGCAGCUUUCAGCUUGAUUUAGAAAUUCAUCUGUGUGUUGUCAUUUGAUGAGGUCGUCAAGUAAAGUAGACCUGCUGCGAUGUCAGCUUGAUCUUCAGUUAGUGUAGAACAACACAACCAAUGCACAGGAGCUGCCACCAUGACUUGUGAACAAAAUUUUGCCGUUUGUCGUCGCUUCCAUCACAGAACAGGAAAACUUUCGUGCACUACAUGCUACAUUCACCGGGCUGCGUCUCGAUCGUCGCUUGACGGCGUCAUUUCCAUUGCCAACAAGGGAAAUGAAAGAUUCCGGUUAGUCAAAAACCAGGCAAAUGCGCUUGUAUACACUAUUGGUUAUCGAAAUAUGGGGGAAACUCAGCGGACUAUAACUUGUAAGGCUACCGGUGGGGCGAUAAUGGGCUUACAUUUUACAAACCUGUAAAAUAUUAAAAGAUAAAGCCGAGUUGAAAUGCAAUUUGAUCUUAAAACUAGCCAUAUAUACGUUAAUCGAGAGUUUUGCACAAACCAUUUCAGGUUUCAAAGGAAUGCUCGAGUGGAACAGGUGUGUUUUUGCAACCUACCGCUAGCUUGUUGAGGCCAAGAUGGUUCAAGAAUUACAAGUUUGAGUAGAUAGCUUGCAUUCAAAGGGAGACAGUCGAUAGUUCGUUUCAGUUUCAGGCGGGCACUCUUUAAACAUGUUAUGAACUGCUGUGUAUUGCCAUGAACUUUGCAGGGCGCUUUAAUUUCAGUGUAUUUUUCAAGGCUAUUAGCAAUACGUUUAAAAAGCCCGUACGCCUUGGCUUUCAUCCUAACAAUUGUAAAAACAUCCGUUUUCAUUUGCGCUAUCACUGCUAUAUGCUCGCCAUUUGUUCUAUUUUCACGCUCUGACAACUGCCGACGUAUGCGCUGUUUUGCCCACUUUGUCCCGCUUCGUUCUAUUUUUCUCUUUUUCGCCUGUGGUGUAGGUUUCGGUGGUUUUGUCGCACCGUUCGCAUGCAUUGCAGCUCAUUCCGCUUUUGCCUGUCCAGCCCCAAAACCCCUUCUGGUUCUAUGUUAAUCCCGCGAUACUUAGCUUAUAUUUCGCCUCCGCGCGAUUUCCUGUCGAAAUUUGAAAAGUUAUUCAGAGGUAUCUGGCGGUCCUACACUGGCCCCAACUUUGGUUUUACAUAUGACUCGUUUUUGUGGAGUUGCGAGGGCUUCUCGGCAGCAAUGAAACCGAAAAGUUUAAGUAAAACCCCUGAGGAAAGGGAGUAGAGUUUGCCGAGGCUCGCAUAACGUCAUUUUUCUGUCCAUAUUUACUGGUCGUCACCAACUACGGAGAGUCAGUUGUCCUAAUCGUGAUUGGCAUGCAACUGUCAGAGAUCCAACACGAGCCCAUCCCGAAUAUUCUCAGGAAAAUAUAGGACAACUAUAUGCAGAUUGGAAAAACUGGCGGAUUUUCAACAGAGUACGAGGCGUCUGCUUUCAAAUAAACUAUCUAUGAAAGGCUGUGUUCGUUAGCUAUUCAUUUUCGCAGAUUGUUUCUGCCUAUCCUACUGCGCCCUCAGCUGGCUUUCGUGCGUCUCUUCGACGCGAGCAAUACACUAGUCGUACAUUCGAGGUCUCUUAUAAAGUUACAUAAAUAGUUAAACACAUACCAAAUUGAAACUCGGGGUUGUGGGAGUUAUGCAUCACUUGGUUUGUUUUACUGCACAGCGGUGGCAAUCGCCUACAACGCAAAGAGAUGGCUGACGAUGCUCAAGUUGCGACCGUGGACUGCCACGAUGCUACUGGGCCAGAUAACGCGCCUUCCAGCCCGCAAUCAAAGCCCCAACGACCGCCUCUCAGGUAUUUCAGUGUUAUUUUUACUUAUAACAUGUUUUCCCCGAACAUACAACAACAAAGCCAACUAAUUCUGGCAUUUUCAGUUUCCGAUGCGUAUUUAGUACGAGUUAACUGAGAGACAGUAGACUUGUCGCCUACCACAUGUUUAAUAAAUCGUUGGACCUCUCUUAGAUAAACCCUAGGCAACCGCAAUGUCCCCGUUUUUUUGCUCACCUAGAUUCUUAGUGUAUUUUCAUUGAACGAAUUAUCUAAAUGGACGUGACAUUUGUUAAUUUUAUGGUUGAACUAUCAUAGAUGAACUCGUAAAUGCGUUAUCCCGGCAUAUAAAUCCAUCCAAAUAGGUGUUUGUCCUGGUUUUUAAAUUGGAUGGCUUUUCCUGUUGAUAAUGACGACCGGGCAAUCAGUACCUUUUGCUGACUGAGCACUCACCCCCCCUGGAUCCGUUCUCGUUGAUAUAUACAGUUCAGCUAGUCCUCUUACAAGCUCAUUCAAGAAUUGAUUUGCCAGGCCUACACAAUAUCAUUACCCAUAUUUUGGUCGUAGGCCACCUGGACCUCCCGGCAUGCCUCAUCAGUUCAGGCCUGCUAUGAGACCUAUGCCCCCAAUGGGAUUCCGGAACCCAAACAUGCGUGGCCCUCGACCGAUGCCGAUGGGUAUGCCGGGCUCCAUGAGGUAGGCUGAUAAGUUAUUUGCCUUUGAUGUUUCAGAGGUGGCCCUCCAAUGCGUCCUCCGGGAAUGCCUGGUUUUCGGGGACCACCGAGACCUUUCGAUGGACCUCCAGGCCCUCCAUUUGAUGGACCACCAAACAGAAUUAGGGGCCCACCGCCUCCUCGAUAUGCAGCUCACCCACCAAGAUACCCACUUGGUAGUGAAGACACUGAUAUGUCCGAAAUGAACCCCGAUCAUCCCGAAGGUUUCGCUGACAUGGAAGAGCCUUACAAUGAAGAGUUCUCGUAUAUGCCUCCUGGCAUGCGGCCACGAGGACCAGCCUGGAACGGACCACCAAGGGGUCCAGGGUAUGCACCUCCGUUCCUCAGUGGUCCUCCUGGCCAAAGGCCAAUGAUGAAUGGCGGCCCUCCUCCUGGAAUUAGGGGAAACGGACCACAGCCAGACAUGAGACCUCCGAUGUUUGGUCCUCCAGGAGGCAAUUCAUCUAUGUAUCCUCCCCCGACUGCCCCGUCGGCAAACUUUGGUGUUCCUCCUCGACAGCCUAGCCUCCCACUUCCCGGGCCAAUGCCUCAAGGCUAUAUGCAACAGCCUAGAGGAGUUCCUCCCCCUCAUUAUCCGCAGUCUCCCGAGCCGCAGGUCCCACAGCCCGGUCACUUCGAUGGUAAGUUUCGUUAUCUUAACUUCCUUCACAACCAGAUAUGAUAAUUCCACUACCCAAUUCUUGAACGAUGUCAUUCCUUCUUUUCAGCCCAAACAAGUGCCGCACCGUCCGGUGUGCCUCCCUGUCUAAUGACUCAGUCAAGCGGACCUAACACACCCCACCGUGGACCACCGCCACACGGUUUGCAGGGAACAGUACCCGACCAACCGCCUGGGGGCUUCGCUGCACCUACUUCUCAACCGGUUCCAGGUGUCGUUUCUUCCACGUCUUCGGGUCUUGCUCCGUGUCCCGUCCCGAAUGCAUCACCAGCCGGCCCCCAGUCUGGCAUACUUGCUGCACCACCUAACUCUUCGUUUUUGCCCACUAGUUCAUCGGCUUCGAAUCCAAUAACUCCGAACCCUUCAAAUGGCUCUCAAGUUAACACUAUCACAUCGGAAUCAGAAUAUAACGGCCAGUCGGCGAUUUCUACUACUGCUACUAGUCAACCACCGUUACUUACCUCCACAGUUCCUCCCCUCUCUUACCCCAUGCAUGCUACUCAGUUUGGACCACCAAGUAUGUGUUACCCAGGAAUGCAUAUGUCGGGCGUUCCCCCACCAUUUAUGCCUCCAUUUAUGCAGCCCGGUCAGCCAAACAUGAUGCCUGGUAUGAAUAUGUAUGGUAUGCCUCCUCCUGGAGCAUUACAUAUGCCUUCAGCAGCUGCACCAGGGUUCGGUGGGAUUCCGGGACCUAGCAUGAUGCAUCCUAUGCCGGGAUUAAUGCCUCCAAGUACUGGUGGCCAGAUGGCUCUUCACCCUAGCCUCGGACAGCAGGGUACUGUAAAACAAGAAGAUAUUUGGGUAGAAAAUUCGACAGCAGAUGGAAAGAAUUAUUAUUAUAACAUGCGUACGAGAGAAACUAGAUGGGACCGACCUGAAGGCGUUACAGUUGUUCGCCAAGGAGAAGUCGAGAAAGACUCGAAUUCAUCCGUUACACAACCAGUAACAACUCUUGCUACUCCAACACAAGCAACUAUCCAAACACCCGCGGCGAUAUCAGCUACUCCUACACCCGUAAAACCACCGGAAGUUGCUGCUUGGACGGAAUACAAGAGCGGUGAAGGAAAGGCAUACUAUCACAACUCGCGAACCGGCGAGACAACGUGGGAAAAGCCGAAAGUGCUAGUCGAUUGGGAAAGUAAGCUACCAAUCCAUACCAGUUGUCAGUUGGUUACGAAUUUCAGUUUUUUUAUAGCGGCCUUUGGGUUGAUAUUACUUACCGGUCACAUUUUUGAUAGGUACUAUCGGAAGUUCGAGCACUUCAGCGAAAACGCCAGAUACUACUACAGUAUCCACACAAAACGCACAAGUCAAGGUGAGGACCUUUGCGUUUACUCGAUACGUAACUUUUUCAUAAGCAUACGCCAUCCAUUACCUGGUUUUUACUUUGCUGGCUCCAUAGAAUUAUUUUGAACAAGUGCGCGCUUUAAUGACCUGUUUCACUCUGCAUCACAGUAGAUAACCGGAGAUUUGUUUUCAGGAUUCGCCCAAGCCGGUUGUGCAGAGUGGUUCUGUUCAGUCCAGCGCAAGUGAGGCUCCUGCCUCUGAGAAAGAGGCCAACUCUUCAACUGAAGAACAGACAAAGAAAACUAAGGAGGAGGAAGAGAAGGAUGCCAGCCGUCCAAUAUCCAGCACACCAGUCAGCGGCACACCUUGGUGUGUUGUCUGGACGGGUGAUGGCCGAGUGUUCUUUUUUAACCCCAGCCAGCGCUCUAGCGUGUGGGAAACACCGGAUGAACUUAAGGGCCGUGCUGAUGUCGAGAAGCUUCUUGAGAGACCUCCCAACGAAACGAAAACAACUGAACCCACGGAGACCGUGGAGGAGAAAGAAAAUCAAAUGGUUCAGCGAAACAAAGCCGAAGCCUCUGCCAAAUCGGAUGAUUUGGAUGACCCACCCGCAAAGAAGAUGAAAUUGUGAGUUAUGGGCUUCUCCUACCUGUUAUUAGCCCACAGUUUUCAGUUUUAUCAUAAGUCGCAAGUAUCAGUGGUCAACGGAGGCUGCAACGCAUGUUGCUUGAACGCGCAUUCAUUUAAAGUACGCGAAAGUUCACGUGCCCUCUUCCUAAGGAAAGUAAUUAGGUCCUCAACAGUUUCGCAUAAGCAUAGGGUCCUUACUGUCGAUGCGUAAUUCGUCUGUUUGAACAUUCGCCGGUCCUUUCAGUUUUCACAGACAUUGGGUUAAACCUGAACUUUACUUUGCGUACAUAUUUUAGAGAGGUGGAAGAAUCCCCGGACCAGACAGCUGCCAAACGUAGCGAAUCAGAGGAAGCAGCUGCGAACGAAAAGCCGACUUCAACAGAUACCAUGGUUGUCGAUUCCGACAAAUCACAAAGUAGCGAAAAUAUCUCCACAGGAAUGGAAACUGCCAAGGAGGCUGAGGAGCGUGCUGCUCGUGAAAGAGCUCUGCUACCACUGGAAGUUCGCAUGAAACAGUUCCGGGAGAUGUUGAUUGAAAAGCAGGUAUAUAUGACGUCUUAAGUUUGUGUCAGGUCAUACAACCGUUACUGCUGUGUUACAUUCAAUGUGCCUACAUACGGAGCGUCAUCCUACUUAGAGGCCAAAUUUGACUCUUUGCCUAGGUAUCCGCCUUUUCGACUUGGGAAAAGGAGCUUCAUAAAAUAGUUUUCGAUCGACGGUACCUUCUUCUCACCAGCAGAGAGAGAAAACAAACCUUCGAAUCUUUCGUUAAGGAACGAGCCGACGAGGAAAGAAGGGAAAAGAAGAACAAACUGAAGGAGAAGAGGGAAAGAUUUACUGAACUACUCCAGGAAGCAAAUCUCUCUUCCAAGUACGUAAUUCAAGUUGGCCGAGUUCUGCUACAUUUACAUUUUAAAGAAUUUCCUCCACUUAUAAGAAAUGUGCCCUCGUAAAAUAUACUCAGGUGUACUUGAAACUGCAGCUAGCUGUGCGUAGAAAACAUAUUUUUUUCACAAGUUGUUGGAUUAACGCCAUAUUUCAGGCAAAAGGUCAAAAACGCUUUUGGUUUUUUUUCUUAUCGAUCCCCUUGUUUUUCGUACUUGCCAGAUCUUCGUUCUCGGAUUUCUCUUCAAAAUACGCCAAAGACGAGCGAUUCAAGGGCAUUGAAAAAAUGCGUGAGCGUGAAAGCCUGUUCCAAGAAUUCAUAUCAGACCUACGUCUUCGUGAAGAAGAGAAGCACAAUCAGAAAGAGAAGGUACGUAUUCUUCUAUCCGGAAAAGUUAGUAAAACUGGCUUAGCAAAAUGGGAACACUGCCGAGAACAACCUGUCGGCUGUCAGAAGCAUAGCCGUCCAUCUGCUAUAGUAAUUGUCAUUUGCGUUGUAUAAAAUCAGUAGGAUUACGCUCAUCCGCAUUUAUUGUAGGCGGUUCGUAAAGUUUUAAUGCCCACAGUCUAGGAGAAGUUGUGAUUUCCACCGUCUUAGUUGUGUAGUCACCCAUCUAACACCUAGGCAUUUUUGAGGUCGUUUUUGUCUGUUAAAGGCGGCUUAGAUGCAACUUCCGCCACAUCGCUAAAUUUUAAAUUUUUCACCCGAAGUCCUUUCCCAAGUUUGCUCUCAAUAUACUGUACGUCACCAUUUGACUGUAGCUUCCGACAUCGAAAAAAUUAACCCUGGCUCAAUUCAGUAUAUUAAUUUGGUUUUACACCAUUGUUGAAAGUAAACAUGGUUAGAAAGCAUAAACAAAAAGCUACCAACCAUUGUCCCUUUUUACAUUUUACUAUUCUCCUAGCCAAAAGUGCUGGAAAAAGAACUAUCAUUGUGGCUUGCGAAGUUUAUUAAAUGUUAUUGCUCUUCCUUUCAUCGGCCAAAUUGGCCUUUCUCGCGGGCCUUAGUUGUGUUGUGCAUGCUCUGUAAUUUGCCUUAAUACUCUCAACUGGUUAUCGGGAUGCUUCGAAGACCAAUAUGCGCUUAUGCAGCUUUCGGGUCUUGGGCUUCUUAAACUACCACCAUGGCAAGAAGUGCGACUCCUUCAGAUGCCAAAGGGCCGGUAGUUUUGCCCGAAUGAUUUGGCGUUCUUGCGGGUGUUCUACAGACUUGGGAGGCGGAUCUGCAGUUGAUGACUGUGCCCUCGUACUCAGCCCAUUUUUCACGCCCUCACACCGUUACACAGGUCAGGAAUUAAGUAGUAAGUACCCCUUGUGUCCGUAUGUGAAGGCUUUGGAACAUGGUGACUGACUUCUACUUACUAAAGCGGCUUCUAUAAUAUUUUCUUUUUUUAACUAUAACUAUUUGACUGCAGCAUAUAGCCUAAUCAGAAAUCUGUUGUUUGAAACGUACGUACAUUUUAAAGGCUGCAACGUGCCAGCUCGUAAAUUUAGUAGCACCGUUUCUCGCUGUUUUAAGUUGCCUUUCGGACAGAUGUACUGGUGCUCAAGUACGUUUCAUUUGUUAUGGAAAAACCUUGAUUCAACAUAGUACCGUUCAUUACGCAAACCUCUCCAGGUAACGCUCAGGUGCUAAAUUCUUCGUCAAAUUUAUUCGGACAUCUUAGUCCACGAAGCUAAGCAUUAAUUCCUAACUUACUUAACCUCGUUUGGAUUCUUGAAAACUAGUGGUCCCACUGUAGUUUGUCUAAUUUUCAAAACCAAACACCUCGGCCCGCAGCCUUUUUGCCUACUACGUAUGGAAGUCUUUGAAGGCAUUCCCAAGCUAGUUUCUACUAACAACUAAAUUUAUGGUUACUAAAAUCGGCUUUCUUUCAGAAACUUCUGGAGAAUCAUUACAGGUCUAUUUGGCUGGAGUCAUGGAUUUUGUGCCGUCCGCGUACUGGCGCUUACUGCAGGAUUAUUUGGUGUAUGUCAAGUUUGGCUUAAGCAAAGCUUAUCUUGCGUGACAGUGCAUGCCUAUUUUGUCCAAAAUAAUUAGCCGUCCGAAACCGCCUCACGAAUCCGUAUAAAACGCUGUUUCGUUUAAAAAAACUUUUAACUUGACAUUUAAGAUAAUGCAAUAGAUAUCACGAACUGCCUUUUUGACGCACUACAGCUCGCACAAUUUAACGACCGAUUAGUUUCCGGCACUCCCGUUGGGGCUUUCACAGUCCUGAUUGCGGGCUAUGCAUAAUCAAGUCUACUGUACAACAGAUAGGCGUUCGCAGGACCUUUGGUGUUCUUUCAUUGAUCUGUUCACCUGACCCGUGACAUCGGCGGAAGCAACCCGAACCGAUCGCAUGGAAGAUAACGCCAUCUAUAGCAGGUUUGUUUAAACCAAUGAUCGUAUAUGCAAUCGAAUCCGCGACAUGUCUGCUUAGGUCUUCAUCGUUCACUAAAAUUUUUGGUGGCUGUACUCUUGCCGUGACAGAUUGAAUGUCAGAUCGGGUCAUUAAACUUCUAACAGGUUAUGUUGUUGCUAAGUUGUACUGUCUGCGACUUUCGCGCUGUACUUCCCCCUUAGGGUAGGGUAUAUGUCUAAUUUUUGAGUUAAAAAUUUCCCCACUGUAAUUAUCGGGGUGCCCACUUUACUAAAGGUUUACUAGAGAAACCCGAGCGGUUACUCCAUACACCGCCUUAUUCGCCUAAUAGCCCAAAUCUUUUUGCCUGCAUUGAUUGCAAACCUAACCUCCGGUAGUUGGGAUUUACUUUUAAGUAAAUAAUUUGACUUUUAACCUCCAUCAGAUUUCCAGACAUUCAUAUAACUCUUAAGCACUACUGCGCCAAGCAAUCCUUUCUAAUGAAUUUACGGUCAUCGGGCGCUUGUUCAAUUAGGUUGUCACAGGGAUGUUAAAGGUGGGGAGUAAAAAACCAAACAGGCUAAAAGACCCCCAUUCUGACCAUUUAAAAAAGAACUUUCAGCAAUUAGUGAAGUUGUGAAACUAAUUAUCCCUACUUUUGCUAUUCCCGACCGAGAAAGCCUCUUUCACUUGGCUAUUUUACUGGCUUGGUUGUCCGCUAUAUCAGUCUCUUACUGGUCGGCCGUCGUCAAUUUUUCUCAUUGGAGGAAAAACUGCAUUUUCACUAAGUACAACCUAUUUACAUGCUACAGUUUCUCUUUGUUGCGGCACUGAAACUCAUUUCUGACCCAGUCGUCCUUUAGCAUGGGUGAGAAAUUGAAUGUGACUUACUCUUCUCCUGGCCCCCUCUAAUUGCUAGCUUGCAUUCUUGAGUAACAAAAGUUAAUUUAAAGUAAUACACUUAUUGCGUAAUUAGUCAUGCUAACUGCACAGGUACUAGUUAAAAACCCAGACACGUGUUUCGCCAUUUUUUGCGGCUAUCCCGCUGUAGCUGAUGGAUUCCGGCCUAUCCUAUUUUUCAGUCCGAACUUUAAAAAUUUCGUUUCGAAGGAUUUACUCCAAGUUAGCGCAUUAAUUUCCGAGAUUAGAAAGGUAAAGCAAUACACUGUUGAAAUAACUGGCGUGCCGGUUGUGCUUAUUUUUUGUAUUUUUGGCCUGCUGUCUGCAAUCUGACGAAAGUGAGGCCACUGUACUCACCCCGAGUUCCUGCCUGACAAAGUUCAGCGCAGAAACCUUAAAUACUGAUUAGCAAGUCCGACUGCACAAUCAUACUUUAUCGCGCACAGCCUCAGAAUGGACCAUCUCAGCUGUUCGGGUUUGUAACCAGCGUCUUGUCGAAGACGAAAACAGUGGUGUAACGGCCUGUGGUAAAUCCUCGCGUUAACGAGCGGCCGCUCGAUGCCUGAAUGAACUGAGGAUGUUGAACAGCAAUGUGGCCUCUUAAUUAAUUUCUUUUGUGCGCAUCACCUGUUCACUUGAAAUUUUCCCAUUACAGGUUAAAAGCGACUUUAUAAGUCUGCUGAAAGAACAAAAAAACCUUUCUCGGCAUUCCCACUGGUCCGACAUAAAAAAGAAAAUCGGUUCCGACCCUCGUUACCGUGCAGUCGACUCUUCAAGUCGACGCGAAGAUUGGUUCAAGGAGUACGUGCGUAAACUAGAAGAGGUAUCCACAACCGUCCGUUUUCUUUUGAUUGCAUAUUUCAUUCUACCUCUUUUAUUUUUGAACACGACUAAUGAGCUCUGUCCGUACAACCGAAAGUUGUAAUAAUUCCUGGUUCAGCCUCCUUUCAGAAUGUCACGAACAUAACGACAGUUGAUUGAUUAUUGGCAGGUUUGAAUAAUUCAUUUGACCCAAUUAUGAAAAAAUCGGCGUCCUUGGUGGAAUUUGAACUCACAACAACAAGGGCAAGGUUUGAGUACAGCCAAUGCUGUCGUGGAUUCAAAUCUCACCGAGACCGCAGAGUUUUUCACAAUUGGGUUCAAUGAAUAACUACUGUUGACAGUGGUUUGGGACUCCAGUGACGCUGCGCAACUAUCUCAGUCACUGUCAUUGAUGUCGGCAGUCACGGGAUGAGGCAGACGGUUCGGAGUCCUUUCGCACGGAGUCAGCGUAUUCUGUGUUUAAGCGGGACUCAGCCUGCCAACCACCAAUCCCCUGAGUUUGAGGAUUAACAGAAGGACAGUGGUGGCCUUGAGACACGGCAGUGUUCAUACUGGUCGGUCAACCCCGGGAGGUGCGUUUACAGUACUGUCAGGCAGGGAGAAGUUGUUUGGCGUCUUUGGUACGGAUUGGCGUGGUGUGGUUGUUUUUGAUGGUGUCGGUAUUAGAAUGAAUUGGCAGUGGGACUAUCGAAAUCGGUUGAACGCCGGCGUUGUUCUUGACUUCUUGACUCCUUGUUUUUGUUUAAUUCAAAGAUCGAUGCGCCCUUCUCUGUGAUGGCUCGCUGCUCUCGUCUAUUGUGUGCCAAGAAUAUCACUGGGGUAUUAUACGUGCUUUUACAGUGGCUCCUCCGUCAUUGUCAACGGGAACUCGUAGCAACUUCCUACCGGAUCAGUAGUCUCCUUUGCUAACAUCCUUUGGAUUGCCAUCUUCAUGGCUCGGCCGCCCAACCAAAGCUGAGAAUGCCCAGUCUUUGCAAAAGUUUUGGACAUGCAAUCGAUUCUAGGAUCUGGGUGUCUGAGAUCGUUCCUCAUAAUAAUCUGAAGCACAUGCAAACCAUCACUUCUUAUUCAAACUGAAGCUGGUCAUCGUCUUCAACGGGGAAACUUCUGUCAGUUGUGCGACCAGAAUGUCAGACCACAUCUGACCUGGCCUUAUUACUACAAGAGAUUGCAUUUUUUUCUCUGUGAAUCCAAAAGCUUUCAUAGAACGGUUGUUUUCAGCUACUUCGUUGAAGCAUGGUCAGUAAGACAUGAUUGCUUCUUCGGCCAAAGUGCCGAAAAUCAAUCCUUAAGUUGAAUUGCCCUCAUAUUUGAGGAAUAGGUCUGAUUAGCCACCAUAUUUUCUCACCGAUACCCGCGAUAUUGUUCUUUUUUCAUACUGCGUACUUGUAUUCUAGUCAGCUCGCCUACCAUGUUUGCCUUUAUCCAUAGAGCACUGCUCGAGAAGACAGCGAAGCUCGCAAAGAGAGAGAAAAGCGUGAGCGCCAGGAGGCAUCUAUUCGGAAGCGGGAAAAGGAAGUGAAGGAGGCCCUUUCAAACACAAUGAUUGAAAGAGACAAGGAGCGGGAAUCUCAUUUGCGUUCAGACGCCGAGUCCACUUAUCACUCACUUCUUGUCGAUUUAAUCAAGGACGAUAGCCUAUCGUGGAAGGAAGGCAAAAAGAUCCUCAGAAAAGAUAGUCGUUGGGAGUCUGUUGGUGAGAUUCUCCCCCGCUCCGAGCGCGAAAAGCUUUUCUUGACCCACAUCGACAACCUCUCAAAGAAGACCAAGGACAUCCUAUACAAGUUUUUCAAUGAUUGUGAGUCGGUAGGUUCCUUCUUCUGGUUCUACCUCUUCUCAUAUAACCUUUAGAUAACUUUCUCGAGCAAAUGGAAAGAAGUUAAGCGAAAAUUGCAGGAGGACUCCCGCUUGGAAAAAUUACUUUCCAACGAACGCGUAAGUUAACGCGCUAGUAAAAAUAUCCUGGGUUCAGAAAUGUGAGAAUGAGUUCAACUACUGGUCAGAUGAGAUGGAGUCCAAGGCCAAAGACAACUUUAUGGAACUUUUGAAGGAAAAGUCUUUCCUUUUGCAAAAGUAACUACUUUAUUCUCAUUUAUUUUUUCCUAGGGCUAAGCGCCAGUCGUCUCAGGAGGAUACAUUUUUGGAUGACGUUCUCAGCACAUUGAAAGUAUGUCUCCAGCAUGCAUCUGAAUAUUUUUUUUAGGAAGACAAACGGUACACUGCUCUAGAUUCAAUGCAUCCUCAACGGCUCCUGCUUUUGGAAGAGUACCUAGUCAGGCUUUCCGACUAA